AUCAUUUCCAAAGGACACCGCGUCCUUCCGAAACUUCACUGGUCGUCGUCGACGUCAACGACGAUGCUCAGCCGUCUAGUUGCCCGUUCUCGGGCUUUCGCGCCCUCCUUCACCAGAUGCAUUUCUUCAUCGCAUCCUUGUCGCGCCAGCCCUGCAGAAGACGCCCAAACUAAAACUGCGUUUGAUUAUCACACUGUAGAGGACCUUCAGGGCAUGCAUGCCUCAGAAAUUCUUGCAGAGGCAGAUACCAGAUCGACGACCAAUAUGAGGCAUUUUACCGUUAAUUUCGGUCCUCAGCAUCCUGCGGCUCAUGGCGUGUUGCGAAUGAUUCUCGAGCUCAAUGGCGAGGAAGUUCUCCGCGCGGACCCACACAUUGGCCUUUUGCAUCGAGGGACAGAGAAGUUGAUUGAGUACAAGACAUAUAUCCAGGCGCUACCUUAUUUCGACCGGCUGGACUAUGUUUCUAUGAUGACAAACGAAUUAUGUUACUCAUUGGCUGUCGAGAAAUUGCUGAAUAUCGAGGUGCCGGACCGUGGAAAAUGGAUACGCACAUUAUUUGGAGAGAUCACAAGAAUUUUGAACCAUCUUAUGGCUAUUCUCACACAUGCUAUGGACGUUGGUGCGCUAACGCCUUUCCUGUGGGGUUUCGAGGAACGAGAGAAACUUAUGGAAUUCUAUGAGCGGGUUUCCGGCGCACGUCUUCAUAGUGCCUAUGUCCGUCCGGGCGGUGUAGCGUUUGACCUCCCCCAUGGUCUUCUGGACGACAUUUUCAAUUGGGCUACGCAGUUCGGAUCAAGGGUAGAUGAAGUGGAAGAGGUACUUACUGGCAAUCGAAUUUGGAAAGAGCGGACGAUCGGUGUCGGUGUUGUUGACGCUGCUGAUGCUCUGAAUUACAGCUUUAGCGGCGUCAUGCUGAGGGGUAGUGGCGUGAAAUGGGAUCUCAGAAAAACAUCGCCGUAUGACAAGUAUGACGAGGUUGAAUUUGACAUCCCGGUCGGCCAGCACGGGGACUGUUACGAUAGAUAUCUUUGCCGUGUGCAAGAGAUGCGGGAGAGUUUAAGGAUCAUCAAUCAGUGCUUGAAUAAAAUUACACCUGGUGCAUUCAAGGUCGACGAUCAUAAACUUGUGCCACCUCCAAGAGCAAGUAUGAAGGAGAGCAUGGAGAGUUUGAUCCACCAUUUCAAGAUCUUCUCCGAGGGAUAUUCCGUGCCACCUGGUGAAACAUACAGUGCUAUUGAGGCCCCCAAAGGAGAGAUGGGUGUCUACCUAGUUUCGGAUGGAACGAACAGACCAUAUCGUUGCUCAAUCAGGGCACCCGGCUUCGCACAUUUGGCUGGGAGUGAUUUCAUUAUGCGACAUCACAUGCUGGCAGACGUUGUAGCUAUCAUUGGAACUAUGGAUUUGGUGUUUGGAGAGGUUGAUCGGUAGGAUACAACGAUUCACCUGGCGCUGGUGCGGAUGUAGAAUAAAUCUUAUUUGCUUCUUUUUCCUCGGUAUGACGUUGUCACUUGACCACGUCCGAUGCUGUUCCGGAGAUUCUCCGACUAAGUCGUUUAAGUUCCCAUGUAGGGUUGAAACUGCUCUUUGAUAGUCAUGGCUUUUAACGUCGACGAAACUCUCUCGAAACUCACCCUCAGUGACAAAAUCAAGCUUCUGACUGGAUUGGGAUGGUGGCACACGGAAGCGAUUCCACAUGCAAACGUACCGUCAAUGAGGAUGAGUGACGGU